AUGUCGGAGGCGUUGCAUAAAGCUUGUGAUGCGUGUCGGACCCGAAAGGCUCGGUGUAGAAGGAGCACCGCCGAUGCAUGUGAAUUCUGUCUUUCGCGUAAUAGCCUGUGCUGCUUUAGCUAUAUCAAAAAGCCACGAAAGCGCAAGCUCAGCGAGUUGGGUACUGAAGAUCUGCCACUGGCAGCUCGACCAAGUCCCAGAUCACAGCAAAAUGGGUCCCAGGCUAUUUUGGAAAAUGAUUCAUCGGCCUUGUAUAUCGACUCAUUACUGGCUGAUCGACAUGCUUCACGCACUCCAGGAGGUGCAAAUCACCCCGAUCAGUUGACGGCGAUAUUCGGUCCAAACCCAAACAUCUCCGUCUUCCCUGCCCGAAGGAUUCGGGCAAUAAGCCAAAGACUUGGACAUGACCGACUCGAGCAGCUUCUAGCUGAGAUUCGGGACUUCGCUGCGGCCAAGGUCAAAACUAACAGCUCUAUUCCUCGCUCCAGAGCUUUACGGGAUUCUUCGUUCGGCGAUGAUUAUAUCAAUAAUUGUCGAGAAACUUUUGAUUCGCACAUAUCCGUAUACUUUGACAUGGUCCACCCAAUGUACCCAUUCCUCGAUCCUGAAUCAUUCAAACAGCAGACAACGUCUCAAGAUCUACCACGCUCGAUCUCGAUUGAUAAAGGAUUCGCUGCUCUUUACUAUGCAGUUGUAGCCAUUGGUUCUCAGCAUAAUGACGGCGGCAGCUUUGAAGCAGGAGUCGGCGAGGCAUGGUCCUACUUUGAGCGCGCACUAUCUUAUUUCCAAGAUCUCAUUUUCUUCCGUGGCUCUCUGACUACAGUCCAGGCUCUCAUGGCAAUCGCCAUCUUCUCUUCUACUAUGUCAGCCUUCCAAUUUGAACAAUUCAUGCUCUCAGAAGCUGCAAUCAUGGCACAGGGACUAGGAUACAAUCGUUCAAACGGACCACAUGAAGUCUCACAACGACGUACCUUUUGGGUACUAUACUUCAUGGAAAAGGUCUCCUGCUUUACAACUGGCAAAGUUUCUGUCUUCCAAGACUCAAAUAUAAGCUGCGCAAUACCAGACGUAAAAGAGUCAACAUUCUCCGAUUAUGACUAUUUCUUCAGCUUCUUGCGCUACGCACGCCUAGUCUCAAGAAUCCACAAAAACCUGCUCACAAUAAGCUCCAUACAACAACCUGCUUCAGCAUACAAUAGCAAGGUACAAAGUCUUCUUUCGGAACUUGAAUCAUGGCGUUUAUCAAUACCCGAGCGAUUUCGAGCAGGCGAACCGUUCAGAUCGCGCCUGAUGCGCGAGCCGCUCGCUCAGACAGUUGCGUUAAUGACACACUACCUGUACCUGAACGCGCAACUCACUCUCUCCUGGACGCUUUUGCAUUUUAGCGCUGCAAAGCUUGAGACUAGGCAACAAGUUGAUUUGAAACGAGAGUUGAUGAGGACAUCGCGCUCGGUUUUGGAACUUACUAAAUUUAUUGAUGUAUCGCCUUCUACACCAGUCUGGAUGCUAGCUGUCUUACCUCUUUCAUGCCUCAUGAUCCUCUUCGACAUUGUGGUCCACAACCCAAACCAUCCAGAAGCUAGUCUCAGUCUCGCACUCCUCGACAUCGCAGGUGGACAUUUCAGUCGAUUGGAAUUUGCCAGUAAAGGCACACUACCCGGCUCUCUGAUUGCACAGUUCGCACAUCUAGCACGACAAUACGUUUUCGAGCAAAGAGAAAACAGGAAUAAGACCAAGACCAAUAAGCCCACAGACUCAGAUCCUUCCUGCAGUGCUCGGCAACCUAACACUGAAGCGGGACCCCCAGACUCAUCUAAUACUGAUACUGUGCCUAUGGCGGAUAUCCCUAUUACUGGAACAAAUCAAACUGUUGAUCCACUGCCGGAAUUAUCGCGCGAUUUGUUGGAGCUUGAUCCUGGUGCUGCUGCUUCUUUGUGGAAUUCGAGUCCAAUUGGUAGCAAUGAUCAGCUUUUCAUUCCUCUGAUUGAUGAUCCGAGUUAUCGGAUUGAAGAUUUUGAGAUUUUGGGCAUUGACUUGAAGGACUUGUUUGAUUAUCCUUAUCCGAUACCUACAGAGUGGUGA